UCGAGUUUAAACAACUCUUUCUUUCAGUGUGUCCGAAAUUUAUCUUCUCUUGGUGUGUCCGAGAGUUACCCCUUGGUUUGUCCGAGGUACCCUUGGUGUGACCGAGGUUUCUAUCCAUCUACUUAUCCAUUUCGUUCUAUACCUCGUCGGACUUGAGUUCGAGAGCCUGGGCUAUAGUGCCGGUGAUUGAGUCCCGACCCCAUCUCCAGUUUGUUUCCAUUUUUAGUCUCGGCUGGGCUCGAAUGCCCCCUCGGGAUCAGAAAGUAAGCCCUGACUCCACCCUCAAUUCCCAUUCUUCGUCCAAGCUGAGUUCGAGUGCUCCUAGAAGCGGAUGAUUGGCUUGUGACUCCAUCCCUGAUCUGAGACAAACACUUCCGAGGCCAAGGCGUGUAUCAUUUUGGUAUCAGAGCGUGUAUCAUUUUGGUAUCAGAGCCAACGCUUCAAUGGACAUCGUAAUCACGAUGAUAUCUAUCAUUUAUCUUAUCUUUGUUAUUAAUCUUCAUUUUGUUUUCGAAAGAAAAACCUAAAAAAAAUUCAGGUUCAAGUUUUGUUUUGAUUCGAAAAUUCAUACCUUUUGUAGUCAUUAUCUUGUUGAAACGCUUUGAUUGAAAACAUGUCGAGUGUGGCAGCUAACAAAGGAUCAAGCAAGAGUGUUAUGUUGAAAAUUCUUCAAGACAUUGAAGGACGACUCGCUCGUCUUGAAAAUGUACCAAAACAACGUCAAGCGACUCAAAUCUACUAAGGUAAUGGUAAUAGUUGUCCACAACCAAGCCAAAAGUAACGAAUGGUACAUGAUCGUGGACACUCUGAAGAACAAGGUAUGAAAGAAAAGAUCAUCCGUGAGCAGCCAUAUGUUCAACAUACCCGAGCGGAUGGAAGAAAUUUUUGAAGAUUAUAAAGGGACGGAGCUUAGAAAGGUGCAAUAUGCCGAAAGCCAACUCAUAGGAGAUGGUUUCACUUGGUGGAAAAGAGAAGAGAUCGAUCGACGACGUACGCGUUAUGAUCCGGUCACCACUUGGAAGAAGAUGAAAAUCUUGAUGCGUAGAAGGAUCUUGUGGAUACGACAAUUCACAUAGAGCAACAAAUGGACAAAAGCCCGACAAGGAAUGGGCACACACAAGCAAAAAAGCCUAUAAGCAAUAGCUUUGUCAAAAACGAAAACAAAGCCAAGGCGAAGGAUAGUGAUGCACGAGACAAGGGAGAACCCAUCAUAAAUUCAACGAAAACCACCACAAUAGGUAACACAACUUUUUCCUCGUGUACUAAUCAUAUACGUGAGGUCAUGUGUUACAAGUGUAAGGAUCGAGGUCAUAUAGCACAUGAAUGUCCCAACCAACGAGAAAUCAUCAUCGAGGAUGACGGGGAAUCCAAAUCCAUAGUUGAGGUUGUGGUAAAUCUCGAAGAGAAGUAUGAGGUUAUGUCCAAGAAGGUAACCGAGUACGUGAACGAAGAGAAAGAGGAACCAGUCGAAGAUCCCGACCUCGUGACUAAAGAAGUACCCACAAGUGUUGUGAAUGCAAAUGAAGAAAUGCAUGAUGUCAAGAAAGAUGCAUUUGGAGUCAAGAACAUCAUUGAGGAUUCCAACAACAAGAAAGCGACGGAAAGCAAUGACGAGGCCAACAAAUCGGAGAAUGUGAUAGUAGGUGAGAACUUGGACAAAGUCAAAUGGGACAUAGGAAUGAUACGAUUGGAUUGGUUUGAGCAAAUAGAAGUCACGUCCAAGAAGGAAAAUACUGGCUUCAAGGUUGUAAGCAAACCAUCGGCAAUGACAAAUGACACCACCAACAACCGCACUUGCAUCAUAAGUCAAAAAAUUGGAGCAACCGUUAAUUUUAUUCCUAUUUUUAUUAUUGUCUAUGAUUCAUGCGUCGAUGAGUAUGUUGUGCAACUUGAGCAACAAAUGCGAACUUUCCAAACGAUUACCUCUAUAAAGAUCUCAAGGGAUGUACCUACUACACUAACGAGGUUGUUGUUCUAUAUCUUGCUAAUUGUUCGCAAGUACUACAUUUUGAUGAAAGGGUCAAAGAAGUGCAAGAAGAAGCAGCUACGUGCAUUUUUCAAGCUCAAAUUCUGCAUGUCUUGAGUAUCCCUUGCCAUUAACUCAAUGGACACCCAAGCAACAUGUUCAGUUUAAUGCCCAUGGCACCAAAAAAGGACGCACCAUUUGAAUGGGGAAAGUUACAAAUGUGGAGAACUUGAUCCGACAUUACAACGCCACCAACACUCGAACACACAUUUGGGUCGUGUUCCUUACUCCAAGAGCCUUACGCGAUAACUUCGUUAUGAUCUUUAUUCUUGUUUAUGAUCAGAAGAAGCAACUUGAUGAGAACACAAGUUGCACUAACAUUUUUAUUGUUCUAGACUUUACUGUUAUCUUGCAGAGCUUGUAUAUUGGCAAAAAGGAGGUUGAGGCAAAGCAAGCGUGUAUGACUACAAGCCUCAUCCAAACAAAUGGAACUGGACACCCUUAUCAAUGAAUCAUGAAUAAUUCAAGGAGCACAAUUGUCUUACUUCUCUAGAUAAAAAAGAAAUAUGAGCCCUUCAGAAGAAGAAAAACACAAGAAGAACAUUUCCACCUACUUAAGGAGCGCCGAAACGAUGCAAACACAUCCUUCAAGACCAAGGUAUGUAUAAUGUAUCUUUUGUGUUUAACAAUGCUGACUUGGAUACGUUUGAUGUAGGUAAGCAAGUUUUGAGGGCAAAAUCUUCAGAAGAGGGAGAGAAUGAUGCAUUCCUUGGACCCAUCGAAAAUACUAUAGACAAGGAACGUAACGGGAGGAUACAUGGAGCACCACUAGAUGGAGCACAAUCGGACAAGGAGUCGGACAAUGAAGCUCAAAUGGAUGGAGCACGGACGGAAGGAGCACAACUAGGCAAGGACACAUAGCCAAAACAAAAGAUAGAAAACACGCUCAACGAAGCUAGAAAAGUCGAACCAAAAGCUAGAGCAAACCGAGUGCCACUUCAUGCAACCCGAGUGCCACUUCGAGCAAAUUCAGUGCCACCUCAUUCUGAGCUACCACUCACUCGAGCUAACGCACAAGGUCUUCAAAAGCGCUUCAACACAUUCGUUCAUCACGUGCUAAGCGAGCCACAGAUGGAAACCACGAGUCUUCCUUGUUUUUGAUCAAUCAAGACAUCUCCAACAACUAGUUUCUUCCUUACUACCUCAUUAAAGUCAUCUCCACCAGCUAGUUUCUUCCCAAAUACCCCAAUAAAUGCAUAGACUCACACCCCUUUGCAUGUACUUUCUCAUUUAAUUUAUGGUUGAAUCUCUAACCUAU